AAGUGAACUUCCCUCUGAUAUGGCAAAUGGGAUUGCUGCAACUUUUGCUAAAUUACCCCAGAAAGUCAUCUGGAGAUAUAAAGGUGACAGACCAGCCACUCUGGGCAACAACACUUUAAUAGUAGACUGGAUGCCUCAGAAUGAUCUUUUAGGACAUCCCAAGAUAAAACUGUUUGUGGCUCACGGAGGAACAAAUGGUGUUCAAGAGGCUAUUUAUCACGGAGUACCAGUUGUGGGUCUGCCCCUGUUUUUCGACCAAUUUGACAACCUGCUGCGUCUAAAGGAGAGAGGCACGGCUAAACUUCUUACCAUUCAAACAGUGGACAAAGACAACAACUUGCAGGAUGCCAUCCAGGAAGUCCUGAAUGAGCCCUCCUACAGGUUGAACAUGCAGAGACUCUCCAGGCUGCACAGAGAUCAGCCAAUGAAGCCGCUGGACACCGCCCUCUUCUGGAUAGAGUUUGUCAUGAGACACAAAGGUGCAGCUCACCUGAGAACAGAGUCCUACAGACUGCCCUGGUAUUCCUAUCACUCUGUAGAUGUGAUUUUGUUCCUGGCUGGAGCUGUGCUGCUCAUACUGUUCACUUUUGUGUUUUUCAUCAGGUGUUUGUGCACUAAAAUGUGUAGAUCCAAAAUUAAACGUGAUUAAGCAUUCAAUGGA